CAUAUUGGCCGGGCGGGGGCGGGGCGGCAGGACGCGCGGCUAAACUGAGGUGACAGGAGGGUGGUGCUGCAAUUCAUAUCUCAGUGCUUAGAUGUUGUAACUCGGCUCCUGCCUUCUCAAGCAACCAUGUCAGAAGGGGACAGUAUUGGUGAGUCUGUUCAUGGGAAGCCUUCUGUGGUCUAUAGAUUUUUCUCAAGACUUGGACAGAUCUACCAGUCCUGGUUAGACAAAUCUACUCCAUAUACUGCAGUGCGAUGGAUUGUAACUUUGGGUCUGAGUUUUAUCUACAUGAUUAGAGUUUAUUUACUGCAGGGUUGGUACAUUGUGACAUACGCCUUGGGAAUCUACCAUCUCAAUCUCUUCAUAGCUUUCUUGUCGCCAAAGGUAGAUCCCUCUUUAAUGGAAGAUUCAGAUGACGGUCCUUCCUUACCUACAAGGCAAAAUGAAGAAUUUCGGCCUUUCAUUAGAAGGCUCCCAGAGUUCAAAUUCUGGCACUCUGCCACUAAAGGAAUCCUGGUCGCUAUGACGUGUACGUUCUUCGAGGCUUUCAACGUUCCUGUUUUCUGGCCAAUCCUUGUGAUGUACUUCAUUAUGCUAUUCUGUAUCACAAUGAAGAGGCAAAUCAAGCACAUGAUAAAGUACAGAUAUAUACCCUUCACACACGGCAAGAGGAAAUACAAAGGGAAAGAAGACGUGGGAAAGACCUUUGCAAGCUAGAAGAUGCAAUCAACCUGUUGACCAAUUCUGCUUCUCACUAAAGGAAUGGGUUUGAGCCAUUGUAACAAUGCCUUUUUUCUUCAUAAAAAAUGAUUAACAGAGCGGUGACAAAGCAGUUGAAUUUUCAUUUUAUGAGGAUCUUGCUAUCUGAAAUAUCAGUUUCUUGAAGAAACUGGCAUUCUAACCAAAUUGCAUUGAGCUUAUCAUCUUUUGUAAGAAGUUGGAGAAACUUUGGAUCGUCCCAUGGAUUUGGGAUACUGUAUUUCUUUCAAGAUCCAUUGCACUGGAGGAAUUAAUGGCUUAGAGUUGGAUAUUUUACAUAGUUCUCCUGCUCAACAUCACCUUGAAGUGCUGUGCACACAUGCGGAGGAAAAAUAAGAUGGCACACAUGAUGCUGUUUUCUGCUUCAUGGCUGUGUGCUGUUUUCGUAGAGAAAUUCAGUAGAUCUAAGUAGAUGCAGAACUUAAGCCGGUUUCCUAAAUGCAAGGUAUUACUGAGUUAUAACCAAACAAAUAUAGGUAGGAACAAACAAUCAGCUAAAUUGUGGGGUUUGCCGUAGGGAAAAAACACUCAUGUAGCUUCUGAAGCAACUCAUUUGUGUUGGGUUUUAAUGCCAGUUUCAUGGUUGCAUCUCCGAGCAGAUGCUAAAAUUGGGCUCUUUCACAAUGACUCCAGACUUUGUUAAAAUUCUAUCAAAUUCCUUUGAGGACCUGGAAUUAUAAAAAUGUGUCUUUUAAUUGUCAUUACUUGGAGUUUCUUUCAUACUUUAGAGUGUCUUGGUUAAUUUAAGCUGACUUCAUGCAGCCUUUUCAGAAUACACCCAAAAUGGCCAUGGCAGAGAGACGAUGUGGGUUUUUCAUUUUCUAUGGGGAAAAAAUCAGAUAUAAAUGACCUGCAUGUAAACUUUUUCAUGUGAUACAACUGCAGUUUUAUUAAGUGACUUUUUAAUUCCACAAUUUAUUAAAAGACAGUGUCCCCCUUUACUUGUUCUCUAUCUUUAUAUACAUAUAUUGAUCUAACACUAUUUAUGGUUCCUUUCAAUAAUGUUUAUCUUCAUGCAAUGCCUUUUUCAAGUCUUCAGGGAGCAUUCACUUGCAGAAAGUAGGGAAAUAGUAGUUCUUUGAAGAGUGUGAAUGGAGAAUAGUGGCAACUUACAGACACCUAAUCGGAAAAUGUACGUAGGAACCCUUUCCUCUGAUUUUGUCAAAUGAAGUCAUUAUGGAGCUCUGGAAUUCAGCCUGCAGUAAUCCUGGGAAAAUGAGGGGUAGUUCUAGUUCACAUGCAACUGUGGGGUUCUAUUUGUUUGUGUGGGUUAGCUUUAUUAACAGCGUGAAAACUAAUGAUGUCAAACUUUAUAGAAGCACAGUAUCCAGAAGGGGCGUUGUAGAAGUCCCAGUCAUGGAUGCUUGGAGUUUGUUGCUUAAAAACACGAAAGCCUUGACUUGAAAAGCUGUCUUCAGAUUUGCUGGGGUUUCUGAGUAACAUGAGCGAAUCGGGGAGAAAAAUGUUUAUUGUAUUUACUAAUAUUAAAAUUAGAACUGGGAUGACUCCUACUAAACAUCAGAGUGGUAAUGACAUCCAGUGCAAAUCAGACGAUCUUAACCUCCACUACAUUUUGAAUGUUGGUGGCAGCUUGGGAUGAAUGCCUUAUCGCUCCUGGGUACGCAUGGAUGCUCUGUGUUCAGUGGGAUGAACAGUUUUGGAAUAUGGAUUGUAGAUGAUGCUGGGACAAGAGUAUAGUUCCCUC